AUGAGGCUCCAGGGAGACGACGAGAACCCUCGCGGGGGUGGCCAGGAAUGCCCUCCCACCACCACACAGCCCUCAAUUCACGCAACCCCUCCUCAGCCUGGUCAUGGAAACAACAGCUCUCCCCCCCAGGGAGACGAACUUCCUGGCCACAGUCUGCAGAGAGAUGGCCUCUUCCCGUCUCAAAGUGGCGAGACGCCCUCCCAGGACACCACUGGCAUCCUCAAUCAAUGGAGUUGGCAUCAGUCACCCCAGCUAUCCGACCAACCUCAUUCUCUGGCAAAUGGCAACCUCGCCGACGUCGAGUCUCAUACCCCUACACCUCACGAGCCUACUCUCCCCCCGACCCAGGUUAGCGCCGCCGUCGCAGAGUAUGACAAGAUCGACAGGGAUCUCGAGAUGCUCCAGCAGAAGCUUGAGCAGCUCAUUCCGCAGCACCCAGAAACCCUGGAGGACUUUCAGACCACACGCAACAAGCUUCAUGUCCUCAAGCAGAAGCUCCAAGGCCGGCUGAAGAACGGCGUCGCCGUCGCCCAAGGUCACAGCCAGGAGCCCGUCGAAUCGGCCCCUGUCCACCCUGUCGUUGAAAAACAGCAGGUAACCAAAAGCGGGCAUGGGGAUGUACAGCUUAGCAUUAAAGAGUUUGCAUUGAUGCUAUUUGGCGGCUGGCGCAAAUUCCUCAAUCCUUCCCAUCGAGGCCUGAAGGGUGCUGCGGCCUGGCUCACCAACAAUCGCUAUACUGAUACCGUCGCCAGUGCCCCAUCUCUCCACAGGCUGGACGAUGAGACUGCUUCGGGGCAGGCAGGGUUGGACCUUCAAUGUCUUUUGGAGUGGGUUUCCUCCCCCGACUUCAGUCCGACCUUCGCAUGUAUCUUCAUGCCCUGCCACGUUCGGAGCAACACCGCAAAGGACCUCCGCAGACACCUGCUGAGUGACCACCAGGACCUGUUCCAGGGCAGUGGACUUCUGAGGCUGCAGAGUCAACUCAAUGCUGAGGCCCUCGAAGUCUGCUUUGGAGGCCGUGUUCCGCCCUUUGCCCAGAAGCAUAUCAAUGGGGUCUUCCACACUGCGCUUCUCAGCUCGCGAGGCCCGAUGACUACUCCUUGCACCAGCCGCGAAGACGACGAGAUGUCGCCUGUGACGAUCGAUACCUUCGGGAUCCCAUUGAAGGGAUAG